AUGGGAGGCAUUGAUGUCAGGGAUCGGUCUGUGAUUGAGCUGGGAGCUGGAACUGGAUUGCUGGGAAUAGUGGCCACGUUAUUAGAUGCUGUAUUUAUGGACAUCAACUAUAUGUCUGAAACAUACACUCUUGUACCGCUUAGGUGCUCGUGUUACCAUCACAGACAGGGCAGCAGCACUGGAGUUCCUAGAGUCAAACGUACAGGCUAACUUACCACCUGAACUACGUCCGAGAGCUGUGGUGAAGGAAUUGACUUGGGGAAAAGACCUGGGCAACUUCCCUCCAGGAGCAUUUGACUUCAUCCUGGGUGCAGACAUCGUUUAUCUGGAAGAAACUUUUGCAGAACUGCUUCAGACGCUGGAGCACCUGUGCUCAGAGCAAACUGUGAUUCUUCUUUCCUGUCGUAUCCGCUAUGAACGGGAUCACAAAUUCUUGAAGAUGCUGAGAGGCCGUUUCUCUGUGUAUGAAGUCCACUAUGAUUCCAGUAAGGAUGUUCAUAUCUACAAAGCACAGAGGGAUAGUCGCAAGGAUGACUUUUGACUCUAUGCUUUGUUAGCAAACCACUGAUGCUGCUCAAUCCUCCCCUUGUUUCUACUCAAUACACUUGUUCCUAAG